AUGGUCAAAGCCAUCUUCGAAAGUCUUGAAAUUGAUGGCGGUGAUGAGGCGGCGGAGGAGUUGGAAAAGGGAAGUCAAGUAGUGGUGGUGAACUGUUAUCCACCGUGUCCGGAGCCAGAGCUGACGCCCUCAAACUACGGCUUCUUGACUCUUCUCCUUCAAGACGACGUCGAAGGCCUUCAGAUUCUAUACCGUGACGAGUGGGUCACCGUUGAUCCCAUUCCUGGCUCUUUUGUCGUCAAGCGAUCAUCUCGAGGUAUAUUAAUUUUUAUAGUAUUGGUGAAUUCCACAAAGCCUAGGAGAUCAGUGGCGUCGAUGCAAAGCUUUCCCUUGAUAUCCGUCGUGAAGCCAUCACCAAAGCUCGUCGAUGAACAUAAUCCACCACAAUAUAUGGACACCGAGUUUGCCACUUUUCUAGAAUACGUUUUCUCUCGCGAACCUAAAUGA